UUCUUCUCCAAUUUCAGAUUUGAUCCAAUCUGUAGCCUAAGGGGAAACGAAAAGGGGAAACUGCGACAAAUCAAAAAAGGUGGAUCCAUGGGUGAUGUACAGCUAAAGAAAAGAGGAUACAUCUGGGCAAUCUCUGCUGGGUUCAAUGCAGCUCUUGCUGCCAUCUCUGCAAAGUUCUUCUCAUCUCUCGUGAUAAAGUAUGGAUUGGUUGUAUUAUGCAAUGUGGUAAUGUGGGGAUGUUAUGUAAACAGCUUAAGAGCUCUCUCUUCUCUACAAGCUACAGUCACUAACUUUGCUGCUAAUUUUCUCUCUUCUGGUUUUGCUGGCCUCUUUCUGUUUCACGAGUCCUUAUCAUUCCGUUGGUUUGCGGGGGCUUUAUCGAUCACCAUUGGAGUUGUAAUCCUCAGUAAGUCAAGUGUUGAUAAGAAGGUUAGUACGGAUUAGUACAAGAACCAAUGUAAUAGCUUUUCUUCUUGAGAAGGCUGGUUUUGCGUACAAGGAGUUAAGAGCUGGAGAUUAAGUUGUUUGAAGUUUUAGAUUUUAUUCUGUUAAGAGGACCAAACUUGUAAUACCUACGAUUGAUUUUCAUGAUUUUAUUGAAGUAGUUAGAUACUAAAAUAAUGUUUGGUUCUUUUUUUUUUUGGGUUUGUCAUGUCUAACCGCAACAAUCUACUAGACUCUUCUUCUGCAUCUUGAUUAAAAUCAAGAGGCAGUGGCAAGAAACUAAGAAACUACUGCAUACCUACGACAAUAUGUGCCAAAAAAUGUUUGAAACUUUCUAAUCACAAAAUAUACGGUUAGAUCAAAGAACCAGCCAUGUCGUGGGGCUUACGUCACAUAUUUUUUCAAUAGAAAUAUGGACAAUUCUGUUUUACUUUAUGUGAAGUGAACAUACCUUUACUCAUUACUUGAUUUUCAAGCUACAAUGUCUUGUCUCUUAACGUUUCCAUCUCGGGCGUAAUAGGCAAAUUACUAGAGAUGUUGACAAUUCUCCAGUUCUUAAACGAAAUUACAUUUUUUUUUCGGAGUUCUUUUUCUUUUGCAUUCACUCUUUAUAGGUUAACCACCGUAUACAUUGUAUAGUUUUGCAUUUGUGAAUAAAGGAAAAUAUACAAAGAUUUUUCUUCUACUUUCAAAAGCUAUUUUCAAUAUUUUGUAGACUCAUCAAGAUAAUUCUCGAGAAUCCACCAAACCCUGCUAUAAUCGUAUCAAAACAACAAUGAAAUAGUGGUUUUGUAAGAUACGAUAUUACGGAAACAACAAUUGAAUCAAUCAUCGUGAUGAUGAGUGGUAGAACAACUGAAAAUUUGCAAAACAAUAAGGAAGUAAGAUAAUGUAUGCAAAUAUAUCUUGAGAUCUAAUGACAUUGUUACAACACUAGAUAUAUAUUGAGGAAGGUUGAAGUACCAAGAAACAUUCAUUAGAUCUCGAAAAGACGACGCUCAUGGUCACUACUGGUAUAAUAGAACUGUUAGAUAUCUAUAUGCGGAAGCGAGCUAAACCGGAAACAUACCUAUUCUAGUUUAGCGAUGAACAUUGCUUGAUACAAUCUGGAAUUGGAUGCAAGAAUCGGAAAGAAAUUACAGAUGGAAAUCAACCACAUGUCCCCAUUCAAGUACAUUUCUAGUUGAUUCAUUGAAGCUUCUUCUUUCCAAAACGUUUUACUCUCUCUUUAGAAAUAUGUUUGUUAUAAAUAUAUUAUUACAAUUGGUUCUCUUCUAUUUGCAAUGUCUCAUAUAUAUAGACAGUCAAGAGACAUUAUGUGAGGAGUCACAUAAGUUCAAGGAAGAGACAUGUAUUUUCAGCAAAGAGACACAUCUUUUAAAUGAAGAGUCACAUAUCUUCAUUUAAGGUGUUAUACGGAUAAUUUCCCAUAACUAUUGGUUAACCAAAACGGUUUGGUAUGCUGCCUAAUCAUGGAUGCAAACCGACCAUAAACUAAUAUCUCCCCCUCACACAUGAUUGGGAGCUUGUCGAGUACUAGAAAAGUCUUAGAGAUCAAGCGUGAGAAUCCUAAUUCAGAAAUCAUAGGGCAAAUGAACCGUGCGACCCUUACAAGUACACUAACACUUGGGAGUUAAAUUAUGCACCUGUUAGGGAUACAUACAAGUUACAACCCUAGAAAACUUUGCUUUUCAGCAUGUCUCGUUGUUUCCCAACUCAUUGGUCUUUUAUAUCGAUUUAACAUUCCUGAUCUCUAAAGCAUAUGUUAGACUUCUCCUAUAUCAUGUGUUCGCUAUAUCCAAACUCCAAUUGAAUGAUACAGUGGCUGGCCAAAAAACACAUGUCAAAAUAAAAACUAAUAGUUUUUUUUUUCCAAUCUCAUGUCCAUCUGUUCGAAUUAACUGCUUUUCUAGCAUGUCCCAUAAGGCGAAUUAUUCCAUUACCGUUGAAAAAUAUACUAAAGUAGCAAACAUUAUUUCUUUCCUUCAAGAACAUAGCUGAAGGUUCAAGGAUAACUUUGUAACCAUAAAUAUGUUAAUAGGAACUCGCAUGAGAGGGAUAUGGAUUAAAAAUAAAACAAUCGCUCGCUUCCUAUAUAGUCGUAAAUAGCACAUGUGGUAUGCAUACAUGUCACAGUACUCAACUCUUCUCUUAAGAGCAUGUGUCAAUUACAUAAACCAAAUAUCACUAUGUGGAUCCUUCUCGUGCAGAUGAGUUGGAGGCAGCAAUCUUCAACUCCUUGCUUUGAACGACGGCAUCGUCAUUUGUGGAUCCUUCUCGUGCUGCCAGUUAGGCAUUUAUAAAACGAUAUGGAUGGUCCGGGAAUGAUUCUUUGAGCAGGUUAGAGCGGUGGGGGUUCAAUGGAAGCUGUAGGCGCUGUGUGUUUCAAAGUCUGAGGGCGCCUUUCUCUCCAGUGGCUCGUGGCAACUAGUAGCUCUCUCUGUUCCGGUUCUUCCUCUGGUCAUUCGCCGCUUCGCUCUUGGCUUUGCUUUUGUCGUGUCUCUUAUGUUUCAUUGUUGUUUUGGCUUUGCUUCUUAGGACCUUUUGUUAGUUUAAUUUCUGCAUCUUCUGCUACUAGUUCAUCCCAGUAAUUUCUGUAAAAAAUCUUAAAAGCUUGGUAUAAAGUCUUAACAUUUUACCAAAAAAAAAAAAAAAUAUCACUAUGUGGAUCAAGCUACUAACAGCUCGUUCACUAGCACCUUUUUUAAGUCUUUUGGACCGUUAAAAGAAUAUAAUUGCUUUGUCAAAAAAAUAAUUCUGUUUAAACAAUAAAAUAAAUACAACUAAAUCUACGGUUAAAAGACCAAAAUUUAUGAAUUUUAUAAUAAUUUACCUUGUACAGUAAAACCACCACUUAUUGGAUAAGUUUGUGGUACAUCCUCUUGUUUUAUUUUAAUUUGUUGUUAUUUUUUGUUUGGAAAAGUUCUAAUAUUUUUAAAGUAUUAUGUUAGUUAACUUUACAGCCUAAUCUAAUAUACUAAUCUUUUAAAUAAAACAUAACUUAACUAAUUCAAAUUUAGUUAAUAUAUAUAUAUAUAUAUAUAUAUAUAUAUAUUAUAUUCAAGCAUAAUAUUUAUAGCAACUCUAUUUUAUAUAUAUGAAAUAAAAAUACAUGUAGUAUAUUAGAAAUAUUCAGAUAUUAAUUUUUGUUAAAUAUCUCAUGCAUGAAACAUUAAAUAAAAUUAUUAUAAUCGGGCGAUUGUGGCCUUGUGGUUAAGAGCUCAUGGCUGUGAGUUCUGCCACUUAGAUUUGAGUUUUGCCCACCGACUAUUAAAAUGAAAAGGAAAAAAUGGCCCAUGGAUGUCUUCGGUGGGCUUUCCGGCUCAGCUCCAGUGGACGGUCAUUAAACACUAGCCGGAUCUCUUUCGAGGACAUCUGAAUACCAGGUUCAUUAAAAAAUGUUAUUAUAAUAAAAUAUGCAUCAAUUAAAUUAUAAAUAUGCUGGAAAAUAAUAAUAAUUUAAUUUAAUUAAAUAUACUAAUAUGAAUAUUUUAGACUGUUCGGUUAGUUUGUGUUUCGCUAAUCCGCUUAAUUUACUAUUUGAUCCGCUAGAUCCGCAACGUUUGAUAUAUUUUUCCUAUUCAGUUUCUUAGAUAAACCGAAAUGUUUCACGUCUUUUAUUAGUAUUUUACCUAUUUUAUAGUUAACUUUUCAACAUAUUGGAGAAUUUUCAUUUAGUCACUUUUUAAUUUUCUUCUUAUGAAUUUUGUAUUACAUAAAUAUGUUACAUGAUUAUUUUCUAUAUAUUUUAAUAGCUAGAAAUAAUUUUUAACAAGAUUAAAUUUGUUAACCGGAUAUCUUAUAAACAAAAAAUAAUAAUGUUAAGACAUGUUUACUGGCUGUUGACUCAACUGAGGUGGAUUAAUUUAAAUGACAUACUUUUUAGGGUGAAUUUGUCAAAAGACCAAAUUUAAAAAAGAAAUUAAUAAUAAAGUCUAUAACAAUUAUGUCAACUUCUAUCCGGUAUUAUCUUUUUUUUUGUUCAAGUUGCCAGUAACAGAUAGAAAAACUGAUGACAUCAACAAUUUGACACCCCACAAUUAAUUAUCACAUGUAAUACAACCAACAUUACACUUUUGUUUAACACAUAAAUAUGCAUCUGAUUUUUCUAUACCAUAUCACUAAAAUUAAUAGGAUUCAAAAUCCACUCACAUCUAGUAAAUACUAAACUUUACUCUAAACCUCAACUCAUAAAUACUAAACCCUAAACUUUAAACAUCACCCUUCCAUCUAAAUACAAAACUCUAAACCCUAAUUACUGAACCCUAAACCCAAAUAUAAAUCUUAAAUCCAAUUAUCAAAAUAUGAAAAUAGUAUAUAAUAUUAUGUAAUAUUAAACUAAAUCCAAACAAAAUUCCUUAAUGCUAAACUCAGACCUAACUUUUGAAUACUAAACCCAAAAAUGAUAUCACUAAACCCAAACAUAAACUCUCACCUUCCAAAUACUAAACCCUAAAUCCUAAUCACUAAACCCUAAACCAAGUAUAGACUCUAAACCCAAAUAGAAUGGAACAAAAUACAUAGUAUAGUACAAAUUGAUGACCAAAAAAGAACACUCUUUAUUAAUCGUCAAAU